GAAGUUUUACAGAAAUAUUUUUCGAGUUCACAAAUAGAAUAAGUGUACUUUAGCCUCGAUAUUUAUCUGUACCAUUUCAGUACAAUCAUAUGAAGCUCCUCAAACAAUAUCUACAUUACCCUGGUAUAAUCCAACCAAUCUAAGUUAAAAUCGUAUUAGUGGAAAUUGAGAACAAAUAUACACAUGGUCUACAUAUUGCAGUCUCUUUUAGAUUAAUCCUCAAUUCCUUCUGCUUGAAAGUCAAAUAUAGUUAUAUGUUGUAUUUUUGCACAAUAAGAAAUAAAACCUGACGUAACGUUUUGGUAAUUACGGGCAGAGCUUUGACGCGAUUACGAAUCAAGGGGGUUAAUCAAGGUUAAUUGCUGACCCACGCGCUCGAGUAUUACGAGGCAUCUUCUUUGCAGGCUGACAAAUCUAUCAUACUUACCAUUUAUCUAUGAAUAUAAGAUUACUUUUAUCAUUAAAAUUUGGUCUACAAUUUAUAAACCAAAUAAUAUUUUAUACCGUUAAAAUGGUCGAGAUUACGAAUUCCGUCGUAACUUCUGAGCUAUUUAUAUCUCUACGCUGUACAAAUAGAAUAAAAAAGAAGAGUUCUUUUAAAUGUUCUGGAAUUUUCGUGUCUCCAACCAGCGCUCUCGAAAGAUCAGGAUCCGUUGGAUUUUGUCUAAUCGUUUGGACUACUUGUGGCGUUCUGUCUCUACUAGGGGCUCUCGCAUUCGCCGAAUUAAGUACAGUCGUACCACGAUCUGGAGCUGAAUAUGCAUAUUUUAUCGAAGCUUUUUCGCCUUUGCAUCGGUAUGCCGGACAGAUACCAGCUUUUAUAUGUUCUUGGGUUUACGUAUUACUAUUACGACCUGCAGAAGUGGCGGUAGUUAUGUUGACAUUCGCUGAGUAUAGCGUACAACCGUUCUCCGGAUAUUUAAGCAAUCUUCCUGAAGAAUCAAUGCUUAAAUUGAAAAAGCUCAUAGCAAUCUUGGCUCUCGGAUUGAUCACAUAUAUCAAUUUAACCAGCGUAAAAUUAUACGUGAAAGUUCAAAAUAUAUUCACCGUAUGUAAAGUAGUUGCGUGCAUUUUCGUAAUCAGUGGUGGAAUAUGGUGGUUAUGCACCGGUCAUACGGAAUUAUUGAAGAAGCCGUUUGAUGGUACUACCGAUUCGCCUGGUAACGUGGCGUUAGCCUUUUACAGUGGAUUAUGGGCUUACGACGGGUGGACUUCCGCUGCAAUCGUUACGGAAGAGAUCCAGAAGCCGGAAGUUAAUAUUCUUAGGAGCAUUCUAAUUGCGGUUCCCUUGAUUACCGUUUUAUACGUUUCGAUGAAUUUAAUGUACAUGGCUGCCUUAACGAUACCGGAAAUGGUAAGCGCACCAGCUGUAGCAGUUCUCUGGGCGGAAAAAGUUCUGCCCUCCUGGUUGAGCUUUGUAAUACCUGUGGGUGUUGCUUUAUCUACUUUUGGAUGCAGUCUUAGUAUUCAAUUUGGUGUAUCCAGACUCUGUUACGUAGCCGGAAGUGAAGGCCACGUACCCAGAGUCUUUAGCUAUGUGCAUAUUGCGAAAAUGACUCCAUCUGCAGCAGUAGCGUUUCAAGGAUUGCUUACGUUAUUUUGUAUGCUUUUGGGAGAUAUUAUCGCACUUAUCGAAUUUGCAAGUUUCUUGACGUGGGUAUUCUAUGGACUUGCAAUGUUGUCGUUAAUAAUUAUGCGACGAACGAAACCAGAUGCAUCCAGACCGUACGCAGUACCAAUUCUGAUACCAUGGCUGGUAUUGCUUGUUUCUAUCUUCCUGGCUGUAACACCGAUCGUACACGAACCCUCACCCAAAUACCUGUUUGCACUGCUAUUUAUUCUUGGUGGUAUUGCUAUCUACCAUACGUACGUGUACAAGAAAGUUAGAAGUAUUUUGGCAAUGAGAAUCACAUACUUGAUCCAAGCAUUAUGUCUAGUUGUUGCUCCAGAUAAAGAAAACUGAUGACAUUUCAUUUCAUACCUAAUUGUACAUAUCGUAAGAUCAUUUUCGUUAUUAAUAUGGCUUAGGUUGAAAUAUAUUUAAUAACUCAUUUAAGAGAUUUAGACUUUGAACAAUAAUAUAAGUCGAAACAUAGAGAAAGAUACAUUGUAUUAUAUAAUAUUAAAUAACAGUUUUAUUCAUUUUUA